AUGUCUCCUUAUUGCCUAGUCUAUGGGAAGGCAUGCCAUCUUCCCGUGGAGUUGGAGCACAAGGCAUUUUGGGCGCUAAAAAAUCUGAAUAUGGAUAUCUCAACAGCUAGGGAGGCCAGGAAAUUGCAGCUUAAUGAGCUAGAUGAGCUGUUCUUAUUCGCCUAUGAAAAUGCCAAGCUGUAUAAAGAGAAGACGAAGCAAUGGCAUGAUCGCCGAAUCAAGGAAAGAGCAUUUGAGGAAGGUCAGCAAGUAUUACUCUUUAACAACAAGUUGAAGCUCUUUCCUGGGAAACUCAAGUCCCGUUGGUCUGGGCCAUUCACUGUGCGAGAAGUAUAUCCAUUUGGCGCUGUCCUAGUAAAAGAUGAGCAAUCGGGAAGGGAAUUUAAAGUGAAUGGACAGCGGUUAAAACACUAUUGGGGAGGCGAGGUCAACCGAGAAAAGACCUCGAUCUCCUUGAAGGAUGGUCGAUUCUGGGAAGGUUGCAGUGGACUUGGGCGAAAUUUGAAUCUGGGAAGCAAGAUUAAGUUUGGGGUGGAAAGUGUUGCUCAGUUGCUAUAG